AUGUUCGCUGCUCUAAGCCCAUUCAUAUUCAGUAGUUCGGUGCCAUUGUGGGAUAAACAGGGAUGUGAAGACACUGGUUUGGAUCUUGCAAUGAAACACAAAUCAGCACCUACGUGCUUCGUGAGCUCGGGUGCAAAUUGUGAUGUGGGUACUAAAGAACUAAACAAAACCACGAAACUGAAGCUGGGCUCUGUAAAAGCUGUGGAAACCCUGAUUAGUCCCAUAUCUGCAAAUAUUUCUCCCGAAGAGUCCACCAGCUCCAGUUCAAAUCGGGUUCGAAAUUUAUGGAUAAGUCCAUCAACUCCACCUGAAAUGCACAAUUUUGGUCCUAUAUACCCCAGUACCAUCAUUGGUGAACAAAGCGUUUCCGUAGAAGAGACCAUUGAUAAUUCAAGAAGAACAAAAGGAACAACCGUGAGCCCGCUUCUUCGUGAAUACUUAGAAUUCAACCUCCAACGCUGGCAACCAUCCGAAUCCCAAAAUGGAGCUACAACUCUAGAAGGAAACCAUCCGUACCAGGCAGACGAACCUAUGAACAAACAGGUAUCAAAUGGAGCCGUUCUGGUUUUCAAUUGGUUCAAACCUCCUCAGAAGCAACAAGUUGAAAUGGCUGCGAAAAUCCCACAACCUCCUCCUACAUGUGCCCCAAUUUCUGCUCCAUGCCUCUAUGGUUCUCAUAUCAUUCCUAACACUUCAAACUCGAUAAUAGCACCACAUGCUCAAUUCUCCACUUCGCCAGCUGAGGAAAAUGGUGCAGAGUCAAUAAUGCUGCACCAACCGGUUGCUCGCCAUUCACUAUCAUUAACUCCAUAUGGAUAUCCAAUACUCCAAAGUAGUCCAUUGGGGGACCAAUGUAGCGUCGACGACACAUCUUGCUAUCCAUCGUGGAUUGAAUCUCUUUGCCAAUGGUAA